AUGGCUACGAUACAAAGAAAGUAUAUCACACGGUACAGUAGUAUCCUCAUCGUUAUAAUUCUAUUAUUAACUGGUUAUUACACGAUACGUUACGUACUGCGGCGUCGUUCGCCUAUUCGGAUGGUAGAAGAGACAGAUUUAACUCGAUUUGUAAAUGCUACUGGGGUUCGACGUCGUAUCCCUCGAUUGAUUCAUCAGACUUGGCGUACAAAUAAUGUGCCUUUGCAAUGGAAUGCAUCACAUUAUUCAGUAAUUACGAAGAAUGUCAACGAAUUCAAGCACUACCUAUGGACAGACGAAAAAAUGCACGCAUUUGUUCGAAAGCAUGAGCCUGAGUUCUAUAAAAAUACAUAUAUCACCUAUAAAUACAAUAUUCAACGUGCUGACUCGUUUCGCAAUGUGGUACUGUAUCAUUUGGGUGGUAUCUACAUUGAUAUGGAUAGUGGCUGCAAUCGUCCAUUCAAAGACUUGUUAGCUACAUUGGAGGCACUUGAUCCAGACUCACCUCAUCUACUUGCUUUUCCCACCGAUGAUGGGUUCGGUUUUCUAAUCGACUUUAUUGUUAGCACUGCUGGCCAUCCAUUCCAUAAGCAGCUCAUUUCUCGACUUCAUCUAUUUAAUUAUAAUUUUCUUUUUCACUAUUUGACUGUAUAUAUGAGUGCCGGUCCUCUUUAUGUCAUAAUCCAAGAACGUCUUUUCAAAUCAUCGGAGCAACAAGCGGUGCGAAUAUUGACUUCUACUGUCACUGACUGCUUUGUCUGGAGAGGAGAAGGACGUACGUGGCACACCCUAGAUGACAAGGUUUUACUCUACAUUUACUCGAAAGGACAUCGAAUUUACCGCCAGCCCAAGUUAUUUGUGAUUGCAAUUGUAAUUAUUUGCAUCUUAACCUUGUUCUUCAAAUGGGACCGAGCAUAUGCGGUACUGUGGGUGUGGAUUAGAGAUGCCGAAUUUAAAUUUAAAAAAUUUAUUAAAUCGGUAGCAAAAUUUUCAAAAAUUUAA